UUUAUUUUGCAAAAUUUUAAUUCUAAUUUUCAAUUAAAAAUGUCAACACAAACAUCAAAAACUUCUCAAAAUUCAUCAACAAAUUUAGCAGAAACAACAAAUUCAGAAGAAAUUGAUUUGGUAGAAAAAUCGUUACGGGCAAAUGGAUGUUGGGAGACUCAUUUAACUUUGUCUGAAUGUGUGGCUGAUAAAAGGGAUUGGAGAGCGUGUCAAUCAGAAGUUAAAUUAUUGCAGGAUUGUAUGAAGAAGGCGAAUGAGAAGAGGAAUUUAAAGAAAUAA